GCGCUCUAAAUUUUAAACUUUAACCGGAAGAAAAGACAACAGCAAGCAAGCCUCGCGAGUGUCUUGGUCUUCUUUCGUAUUAUUUAAAUAUCCCUCUCCAUAUUCAAGAGAAUGGAUCUUAGUAGUGACGACCAGACUAAAAUGUACUUUUAUGAGAACAGACUUCAAACAUUCGUUGGUUGGCCGUUUGAAGAGGGCUGCAUUUGCACUCCAGAAAACAUGGCCAAAGCUGGGUUUAUUCACACCCCGUCGGACAAUAGUCCAGAUAUAGCGCAGUGUUUCUUCUGUUUGAAAGAGCUGGAAGGAUGGGAACCUGAGGAUGACCCUGAGAAAGAGCAUAAAACACAUUCUCCUACCUGUGAUUUUAUCUUGCUGAAGAAGACUGUGGACAGUCUGACUGUGGAGGAGUUUCUGAAACUUCAGAAAGAGAGACAGAAGUUUAUCAUUAAAAAAUCGUGUGGCCAGGCGAUUGAUAAAUUUCAAGAGGCGGUGAAGAUCAAGAGAGCCCAGAUCGUCCAGACUGCGAUGGGGGAGGAGUGAAAAUUUCAUUUUGCUAUGGUCUGAUUUUGGUCGGAUUUUUAGUUUUCUUCUUUUCUUUCCUUUGUAUGUCAUGGAACGCUGUAUGUUCUUUUUUUAAUGUUACCUGUGAUGAAAUUUGUCACGCCACCUGUUGAAAUUGAUACACAUUCUUCCUUCUUAUAUAGUAUUUA